CCGUGCGAUAGUCCCUCGACCACACCGACUCUCCCUCCCUCCCUCGCGCGCGCGCGGGCGGUUGAGCACAUCCCCGCGCUUUGGAGGAGAUCCAGGAUUUGAGACGAGGAGCGGACGAAGAGACGACGCGUCAACGGCUCGACAACCAUGCAGAGACUCGGAGUCCCCUUCGUGCUGCUCGGGCUGAUGUGGGGCCACUCCUGCGCCCUCGGGGGGAAAGUGAACAAGCACAAGCCGUGGAUAGAGACGUCCUACCACGGCGUGAUCAUAGAAAACAUGGACACCGUGCUGCUGGACCCUCCUCUAGUAGCUCUGGACAAGGACGCCCCGGUGCCCUAUGCUGGGGAGAUUUGUGCCUUUAAAAUUUAUGGUCAGGACGUUCCGUUCGAGGCAGUGGUGUUGAACCGCACGUCUGGAGAGGGCGUCCUACGAGCUGGGAGCCCCAUCGACUGCGAGAGCCAGAAAGAGUACACCUUUAUUAUCCAGGCCUACGACUGCGGGGCCGGACCCAGCGGUGCCGACUGGAAGAAAUCCCACAAGGCAGUGGUUCACAUCCAGGUGGAUGACAUCAAUGAGUUCUCCCCAGUGUUCCGGGAGCCGCUUUACAAAGCGUCAGUGACCGAAGGCAAAAUCUACGACAGCAUUUUGCAGGUGGAAGCGUGGGACCAGGACUGUUCACCACAGUACAGCCAGAUCUGCAACUACGAAAUCGUGACGGCCGGGACGCCGUUCGCCAUCGACCGCAACGGUAACAUCAGGAACACGGAGCGACUGAGCUACGACAGGCAGCAGAGCUACAAGAUAAUGGUGACGGCCUACGACUGUGGUCAGAAGAGGGCGAAAGAGGACGUGGCCGUGCACAUUGACGUCAAGCCCGUCUGCAAACCCGGAUGGCAAGGUUGGAACAAACGCGUGGACUACGAGCCGGGCACCGGGAGCAAGCAGCUGUUUCCCAAGAUGCACUUGGAGACCUGUGGCGGCCCGCUGUCUGGCGUGAGGGUGACGGUGGAGCUGCAGACGAAUCACAUCGGGAAGGGCUGCGACCGUGAAACGUACUCGGAGAAGUCUCUGCAGAAACUCUGCGGCGCAGCGUCGGGCAGCACUGACCUCCUCCCGGCCCCGAGCCCCUCCACAAACUGGACGGCGUCGCUGCUGACCGACAGCGGGCGUGACAGCGACCUCAUCUACAGGUUCGACGGGCACCAGGCCACCAACGUUCCGGACAACGUGGACCCCCAGAACCUGACGGACCAGUUCACCAUAGCAACCUGGAUGAAGCACGGGCCCAGUCCCGGGCUCCGAGCCGAGAAGGAAACCUUGCUGUGUAAAUCUGACAAGACCGAGAUGAACCGCCACCAUUACUCUCUGUACGUUCACAACUGCCGCCUGGUGUUUCUGCUCCGGAGGAGCUUUGCUCAGGUCGACACCUUCAGACCCGCGGAGUUCCACUGGAAGCUGGAGCAGAUCUGUGAUAAGGAGUGGCACUACUACGUGAUCAACGUGGAGUUCCCUGCGGUGACGCUGUUUGUGGACGGCGUGACCUACGAGCCCUACCUGGUGACGGACGACUGGCCCAUCCAGACCUCAAAGAUCGACACGCAGCUGACCGUGGGAGCCUGCUGGCAAGGUGGCGAGGUCGCGACCCCGAGGUUCGCCCAGUUUUUCCGCGGCAGCCUUUCGGGCCUGACGAUCCGACCGGGACGCAUCGAAACGCAAAAGGUCAUCUCCUGCUUGCAGGCCUGCAAAGAAGGCCUCGACAUCAAUUCCCUGGAAAGCCUGGCUAAGGACAUCAAGUUCCAUUUUAACCCGGCCCAGUCUGUGCUGGUGGUGGAGGGGGAGGACGUGGACAGCAUCAACACAGCCGUGACCAAGGUCUCCUACAUCAACUCUCGGCAGUUCCCCACGGCGGGCCUCAGGCGGCUGCACAUCACCACCUCCGUACAGUGUUUCGGGGAGGACACGUGCCUCUCCAUCCCGGACAUCAAGGCGGUCGUCAUGGUGCUGCCGCCCAGUGAACCCAGAAUCACCAUCGCGGGGUCUAAUCGACUCGUCAGGCCUGCCGGGGACCUGCGGGGCCCCAUGGGAGUGGCGCCCUUCAAAGAGCUUCACAUCACCAGCACCGUAAUGAAGGGGGACAGCUUCGGCGGGCCCCGCAGACCUGGUGUGAUGGAGCUGAUGCAUAACCUGGACUACUGUGACAUCUUGGUGAUUGGGGAGGAACUGGAUCCUGAGAGGGAGAGUCUGGAGAUUCAUCACAGUGCUCUGCUGGGGAAACACCUGGACGCCACCAACUCCACCUCUGGCAUAUCAAUAUACGGUGUGGACUCCAUGGCUCACUACGAGCAGGCAGUGAGACAAGUGCGGUACAGGAACUGGCAGCCGGCCGCGCUGAGCGAGAGGAAGUUCCGGCUCACCUGCUCCGAGCUCAACGGACGUUACACCAGCAACGAGUUCAACCUGGAGGUCAGCGUUCUUCACUACUCGUCGCAUGUGGAACACGUCAAUCACAUGGCGGCCCAGCCACAGUACAUGAGACCUGUCCAUCACCCCCUCAUGAUACACACCGUCAACCCGCAGAUGUCAGGCCCAGCGCCACCGGCAGCCACUGUCGUCAUCGUGGUUUGUAUCGCCGCCCUGGUGGUGAUCGUGGUGAUCGGCGUGUACAGGAUCCACACGACACAUCAGGACGGCUCCAGAGAGGACGAGGACGAGGUCAAAGACCCGGAGGUGGACUGGAGCAACUCUGACCUCACCAUCACCGUCAACCCCAUGGAGAACAUCAGAGGACCUCAGGCGCUGGAUGAGGAGGUAAAAGAGGGAGAGCGAGCCGAGGAGGAGGGAGAAGAAUACGAGCAUGUGGGAGGAAUGACGAGUGCUGAGUCAGAUAACAGCGAUGAAGAGGAGGAAGAGGAGGAGGAAGACGGGGUGAAAGGGAGGAAGCAGAAGGCAAAGCUCGAGUGGGACAGUUCGUCCGUGACCUACUGAGCACACAGACAUAAACCCACACGUCGGUCGUCCUCGCUCCACGUCACUCGCACAAACACACACACCACGCAGACGUGCUAAACACAGGUACGCACACAGGCGCUCGUUGGGAACGAGACUUCAAAUCUUGCCACCUUGUGAUUUUUAAUGAAACAUCGCCCCCUGCUGGACAAAGUGAGCGCUAGCGAACCGGCCUCAGCCUCCGCGUGUCCGGCGUUAUUCCCAUCAUACUGUAGCAAACAAAUCAGAGAAACAUAUUAAACAAGCACAGUCUUCUCCUUAUUUGUGCGAAAUGAUCUAAUCUGUCGCUCAAAAACUCAAAAUCACAUAUUAUAUCGAUUCUAUUGUGACCUGUUUUGUCACGUUUACUAUCUGCAGUUACUUGUGUCAUCAGAUUAGUUUUUGUGCACGAUGGCGUCACUAGAAUAACAGCAAGAUACUGUAUAUCCUUAUGCACACAACUUAGUUCUCAUGUUUACUCUCAUCCCUUUGUCCUAGAGAGUAGCUCUAACAUAGCAGUGUCCUCCUCCGUGCGUCUCUCACUUCACCUCUCUGUCCCUGACGUCUGCGUGAGUCUCUCACAUCACUUGGCUGUUGUGCUCCUUAGAAACAAAUCCACGUUUGUCCUGAUCCAUAUGAAACAAAGCAGAUUUAGCAACUC